AUGCCAAAUGCAGACAUGAUUCUAGUGCGUCGUCCACUUAAUUGUAUUUGCGAUCUUAAUACUCAAAUCAAGCUUAUAAACCUUCGUCUCCUGAGCUUCUUAAAGAGCAUGUCUCGAUGGGCAUUGGAUAAUCAUAUUUCAGCGUCGUUUCCGCCAUCUGUUUUCCAUAUUAUCUGUGAUCGAUCAGAAUUAGGAGCGCAAUCCGAAAGAUCGGGAAUCAGAAUCUUUCCCAGCUUUACAGCACCUGGUGCCAACUCGCCGAAAUUCGAGAAUAAGUACGAAAGUAAACUGCUUCAAUCGAAUUUCCUACUUUUCAUUUCUUCUCUCACCGAAUUGAUGAGCCCACGUGCCGUUCUUCUCGGAGCAAUUGCUAUCCUUGUUGCAUCCCAUGGCUUUGCGAAAUGGGCUGACGCUAACGUCUCGAAACACUCAGCAAAGUCACGAACCAUUCCCGACCAUUACAACUUUGUAAAUGUCAACGAAGUGCAGCCAUUUAAACAGCGUAAACCAACUACGGAUUCUCAGAAAUCUGCGAUCAAGUACCAACCACGGCUUUACGUAUUGGGUGCAUGUUAUCCAUAUCCUGCAGUGCAGGCGGAUGGAUCACUAAGUGAGGGACUUCCCUGGAAAAUCUUCUUUCAGUCUCGAUGUAAUGGAUCUCCCCGCGGUUCCCAAAUUUACUCGCGAUCCGAUUGGUACCGAGGCAAGUGGGCCAUUAUGUACGCGUGGUACCUUCCGAGAGCCCUGGACCAAAACAUCUGGGAUGUUGACGGCCAUAGUCAUUUUUGGACCUUUGUCGUUGUCUGGACAGACAGCCCGGAUCCGGAUGUCUCGACUAUUCUCGCUGCAUCAACCUCUGGUGUCGGCAACAGAAUUAAAAAAUAUUCACCACUCAAGUCAAAGUAUCUUCUUAACCACAAGUCUUUGAAGGUCAAGCUACACGAAAAUCAUUUUUGGGAUAAGACUGGACUCAAGCUGACAGAAAAAGUUGGUGAGUUGCAGACUCUCAUAACUUGGGAGCAGCUUACAGAUGAGGCUCGAGCAGCGCUAUCUUCUGUUCAUUACUCUGAUUGGCGUAUGGAGUCGCCAAUUCAAGACAAGUGGUUUCGUCCAAUGCUAAGUAGUGCUUAUCCAUUUUAG